AUGGCUGACAACCGCGGAGCAAAUCAACCAAAUGCUGAGGGCCAGACGAGCUCAAGAGCGCUAGCCAAAAGACGGCACAUUUCGAGUUGCUCAACAAGAAUGCUUCAGAAGAACUUUGAACAUCAUUGGUCUAUCGAAAACUUUUCCGUUCAACAGCUACUGCUUCCGACUGGAGAAUGCAUGAUGGGACCCCGCUUUGGUGACAACGAUUAUGCGUUUAGCUUGCAGCUGUUCCCAAACGGAAAAGAUUUAGAGCAUUCGGAUUAUGUGUCACUAUUUCUGCACGCCAAUAAAUGUUCCAUCCCACGUUUUGCUGCCCAAGUCACCUACACUAUUAAUACUUUGGAAGGAACCAAAACUUGUACGCUCAAUAAGAACUUCGUGAUGGAAAUCACUCGCACGGACGUCGUCACGGCCAGCAAAUUAUUCUUGUCGAAAACUAUCAAUGAAGAGCACAAGCUUUACACACCAAAUGACACGUUGACGUUGGGAUGUGUGUUAACCGUGUACUACCUGCCACUCACCUCGAAAACGAACAUAUUUGAUUCUUUUGCAAGAAAAAGAAUGCGUACGGAAAAGCUUGGCCUUUUACAAGGCACUGUUGGUGAUUCCUCUACCGAAAAACCAGCUGAAGAAGCAGCAAACGGAGACAGAUUCCCGAGUCUUUUGGAUACUGGAGACUUCUCAGACUUCACUAUCGUUGCAUCUUGUGGUCGCGAGUUUCACACUCACAUGUGCAUUCUCUCGUCUCGUUCCGAUUACUUCGACGCGCUUCUUCGCAACAAAACCACGAGGGAAUUUCUCGAAAAACGUGUAAAGUUCGAUGACAUUUCUGCAACAACACUUGAAGUCGUUCUCCGUCAUAUCUACAACACCAGUAGUGAAGAUACAAUUGUGGACGACCAACUUACAUCAGAUCUCUCUGCAGCUGUGGACAGACUUACGAUCCCUUCAAUGCGCACCCAAAUCAGGAAAAUGCUCAUUCAGAACUUGUCAGUCGAUAAUGUCGUUACUCGUAUCACGAUGGCCGCUGAGCUUCGAAUGGAAGAUGAAUAUUAUUAUCUUCUUGAGUACUUUUCAACUAUCAAGAAGGAGGCAAUGGAAUCCACACUGUGGCUCGUGUUGAAAAAGGAAAAACCACAAAUGACUGUCAAAAUUCUUGAAGAUGCCGUGAUGCUUGAUGAGCCAUCUCGCCAAGUUGUUCAACGAAAUGUUGAUCGAAUCAUCACUCUUGAAUGA